GUGGCCAGUCUGGGUGGAAGAAUACUGCGAGGUGGCGCGCGCCUGCUCGCUCCCAGCAGCCUCACCAAGCGAAUCCAGGGCAGCAGCGCAGGGAUCUCUCGCUGCGGCUCUGUGCUGGGGCUGUGACUGUCACUCAUUCUCUGAUCAGCUCCCGAAAGCAGCCUGGAAGCAUCUGGACAAAAAAAUAAAUAAAAAUACCGCACCAUUCUGGGGGAUUUUGUGAUUUGCUUGGCCCCCGGCUCCUUCCUAGCCCGGCAGCAGAAACUCUGGUCCUCACGCGCCCGGGCUGCAACCGAAAGGGGAAAUAUAUGCCUAUGCAAGCAAACUUCCUCGCCAUCCCGCGGAUGACAAUGCUUCAAAGCAAGGAUCUCGUCUGGUCCCUGCUCUUCCUCGGCACUGCAGUCUCUCUCCAGGUGAACAUAGCGCCAAAUAAGGUGGAGGUUCCUGUUGGAGAGUCCAAAUUCUUCUUGUGUCAAGUGACUGGCGAUGCCAAAUCCAAAGAAAUCUUCUGGUUCGCUCCCAACGGUGAGAAACUGACAACAAACCAGCAGCACAUCUCAGUGGUGCGAGCCGAGGACUCAUCCACGCUCACCAUCUACAACGUCAACAUAGAUGAUGCCGGCAUCUACAAGUGUGUCGUUUCCAGCGAGGAAGGGGACGAGGAGGCCACGCUCAACGUGAAGAUCUUCCAGAAGCUGACCUUCAAAAAUGCCCCCAGCCCUCAGGAGUUCAAAGAAGGGGAAGACGCCGUCAUCGUGUGCGACGUGGUCUCCUCGCUUCCUCCCACCAUCAUGUGGAAGCAUAUGGGCAGGGACGUUGUUCUGAAAAAGGAUGUGAGGUUCGUGGUGCUGUCCAACAACUAUUUGCAGAUCCGAGGGAUAAAGAAAACCGACGAAGGGACGUACCGCUGCGAAGGGAGGAUUCUGGCCCGUGGGGAAGUUGACUUCAGGGACAUCCAGGUGGUUGUCAAUGUGCCUCCGACUGUUCGCUCCAGGCAGGGCACUGUGAACGCCACAGCGAACCUCAGUCAGUCGGUCAAACUGGUGUGUGACGCCGACGGCUAUCCAGAGCCAACCAUCAGCUGGACCAAGGACGGGGAGUCUAUUGAAAGAGGGGAGGACGACGAGAAGUACAGCUUCACCUACGACGGCUCGGAGCUGACCAUACACAAGGUGGAGAAGAACGACGAGGCCGAGUACGUCUGCAUUGCGGAGAACAAGGCUGGCGAGCACGACGCCAGCAUACACCUCAAGGUGUUCGCAAAACCCAAAAUCACCUAUGUGGAGAACAAAACUGUCAUGGAGCUCGAAGACCAGAUCACCCUGACUUGUGAAGCCUCCGGAGACCCCAUCCCCUCCAUCACCUGGAGGACCGCUCUCCGGAACAUCAGCAGCGAAGAGAAGGCUUCAUGGACCCGGCCCGAGAAACAAGAGACCCUGGACGGGCGCAUCGUGGUGCGCAGCCAUGCGCGGGUGUCUUCCCUCACGCUGAAGGACAUCCAGUACACCGACGCCGGCGAGUACAUCUGCGUGGCCAGCAACACCAUCGGGCAGGACUCCGAAGCCAUGUACCUGGAGGUUCAGUAUGCCCCGAAGUUGCAAGGCCCUGUUGCCGUUUACACCUGGGAAGGUAACCAGGUGAACAUCACCUGCGAGGUCUUUGCUUACCCGAGUGCCAUCAUCUCCUGGUUCCGCGAUGGGCAGCUGCUCCCAAGUUCCAACUACAGCAACAUCAGAAUCUACAACACACCGACAGCCAGUUAUUUGGAGGUGACGCCAGACUCUGAAAACGAUUUUGGGAACUACAACUGCACAGCUGUCAACCGGAUUGGCCAGGAGUCCUCGGAGUUCAUCCUCGUGCAGGCGGAUACACCGUCCGCGCCUUCCAUUGAGAGAGUGGAGCCAUACUCCAGCACCGCCCAGGUGGAGUUUGACGAGCCCGAGGCGACCGGGGGCGUGCCCAUCCUCCGGUACAAGGCCGAGUGGCGGGCGCUGGGGGAAGACGACUGGCACGCCAGGAUGUACGAUGCCAAGGAAGCCAACACGGAGGGUGUGUUCACCGUCAUGGGCUUGAAGCCAGAGACCGUGUACGCCAUCCGGCUGUCGGCCAUCAACGGCAAGGGCGCCGGCGAGAUCAGCGCCCUCUCCGAGUUCAAGACCCAGCCAGUUCGCGCUCCGCCACCACAAGGGGAACCCAGCGCACCCAAGCUGGAAGGCCAGGUGGGAGAAGAUGGCAACUCCUUUAAAGUGAACCUCAUCAAGCAAGACGACGGAGGCUCCCCCAUCCGGCAUUAUCUCAUCAAAUACAGAGUUAAGCAUUCCUCCGACUGGAAGCCCGAGAUCCGACUCCCUUCGGGCAGCGACCACGUCAUGCUCAAGGCUCUGGACUGGAAUGCCGAGUACGAGGUCUACGUGAUUGCAGAGAACCAGCAAGGGAAAUCCAAACCGGCCCAUUUUGCUUUCCGGACGUCGUCCCAGCCCACUAUCAUCCCAGCCAGCACAAGCCCUGCCGCGGGCCUGGGCACGGCCGCCAUCGUGGGCAUCCUCGUCGUGGUCUUCGUGCUCCUGCUGGUGGCCGUGGAUGUCACCUGCUACUUCCUGAACAAGUGCGGGCUUCUCAUGUGCAUUGCCGUCAACCUGUGUGGCAAGUCGGGCCCGGGGGCAAAAGGCAAGGACAUGGAAGAGGGCAAGGCGGCUUUCUCGAAGGACGAAUCCAAGGAGCCCAUAGUGGAAGUGCGGACAGAGGAAGAGCGGACACCGAACCACGACGGAGGCAAGCACGCCGAGCCCAAUGAGACCACGCCGCUGACGGAGCCAGAGCAUCCUGCCGACACCACGGCGGCCACCGAGGACGUGAUGCCCUCCAUCACCACCGUCACCACUAACUCUGACACUGUCACUGAAACCUUUGCCACUGCCCAGAGCAGCCCCACAAGCGAGACCACGACCCUUACCUCCAGCCUCGCCCUCCCCCCCACGCCCGUGCCCGACGCCAACUCGGUGGCCCCCGGCCAGGGCGUGCCCCCCAAGCCGGCGGCCACCGCCCCGCCCCCACCCACCUCCCCUCCCAGAGUGGCCCCCUUGGUGGACCUCAGCGACACGCCCGCCCCCGCCCCCGGCAGCCUGCCGUCUGGGGUCCUGGCCCCCCAAGGCACGGUGCUGAGCCCCAGCUCCUCCGCAAAGGCCCCCGAGGGGCCCAAGGGGCCCGCCCCCACCCCCACGAGCAAGUCCCCUCCCCCGGCACCCCCGAGCUCUGCCGGUGCGCCGGCCCCCGCGGAGGCCAAGCCGGGCCCCCCCAGCGCCAAAAGCCCGGAGAAGGAGGCCACGCAGCCGAGCGCGGCGAAGAGCUCGACAGAGGCGGCCAAGAGUGCGGCGAGCCAGAAGGCGGAGGCGGGCGCGGGGGCGUCCACCGCAAACCCUGCUCAGAACGAGGACUUUAAAAUGGACGAAGGGACCUUCAGGACCCCAGACAUUGACCUGGCCAAGGAUGUUUUUGCCGCACUGGGCACGGCGGCCCCUGCCACCACGCCCGGAGGCCAAGCUGCGCCUUCUGCUCCGGAGAGCUCCGCGUCAUCGGCACCCGUGGAGACAGAGAAAACCCCCGUAGAGGAAAAGUCUGCGGUUCAAGCCACGGAAGUCAAGACGGUGCCCAACGAAGCUACGCAAACAAAUGAAAACGAGAGCAAAGCAUGAUGGGCAACGGAGCCAAAACAAAACAAAAUCUAAAAAUUGACAGAACAACUUCACCCGAGCAUUUAAAACACAGCACACAUCUCAUCCCUCUUGUGUCUUUGCCUCUUUUUUAAGAAAACAAACAAAAGAUGUAUACAGCAGGAGAAUCUGUCGGGUUGGGGGUGGCUUUUGCUUUGGUAGGGAAUACUUGUGUGCACUUGCGCUUCAGAAAAAAGGGAACACUUUUCCUUCUUUCCUUUGAGGAUAGGCCCGUAGCCCCCUUAGGAUGCCAGAAUCCUCACAAAAUUCCCAUGCAGGGUUCAAACCAAGCAGGCACCCACUGCAGCGUGGUUAAGAGAUCCAGAGGAGAAUUAGGUGCCGCAGCUCCGUCGGCUCGUGCUGACCGGUGCAGCUGGUCAUGAAUCGUCUGUUUUUAAGCUGGAUAAAACCCUGUCCUGAAGCGCGUCACCUCCCGCUGUCGCUUCUGUUCUUCUGUUCUCUCUGAACUGCCCUGUCCUCCAAGGGUGUCUGCCCUUCCUUGCUGACUUCCGUGCUCCUUCCAGCCUCCUCGGGUGCCAGUGCCCUUCAGCAUCUCCCAUGCAUGCUCCCCCCGACCGAGCCGGAAGCGCACGGUGGGCUUGGAUGUGUUUGUCCCGGGGAGCUUGCAUGGGAGGCGCGUCCUGCAGCGGUGACCCUUUAGGGCCCUGCUCUUGAUCCCGGUGUUUCGUCUUCAGGAAGAAAGCCGUCGGGCAGCUUUGAGAGUAUAUAUUUCAAACUGCAGUAUUCCUUUUGGUUUGUUUCUUUGUUUUCAUUUUUAAUUUGUUGUUUUGUUUCGCCAGCAUUUUUUUCUUCCAGUGUUUACAGUCAAAAAAUGUUUUUAAAAAAACUUUUGUUGUGUUUAAAUGUCUAUGUAAAAUAGCUGCCUUUUUGAAAAGAGAGAGAGCGAGAGAGCGCGCGCGAGAGAGAGAAAGAGAGAGAGAGAGAAAGUACCAGGCUAUAGAGAUAGUAGGUUGGCCAGCAUGUUUGCUUUGCAAAGGGAGACAUUUUAAAAUAUGGAUGUUUACAGUAGGUGUUUCCCCUUUAUCUUUUUAAUUAUUAUUAUUAUUGCUGUUAUUAUUGUUUUUAUUUCUUACUGGAAUAAGAAAAAUCUAGCAGACUUU